AUGGCUGGAAUAAAAAUUCUUAGCAUUACUAAUAUUACAGUAGUUAUAUUUAUCAUCUAUCUUGCUUACACAGCUAAUACAUUCUAUGCAAUGUUCCGUCCACCAGUAUGUAAAAGUAAUAAUUGUCUUGCACCGCAUGUAAAAUCAUCAUCAAAUAAAAAACUUAAAUUGUAUAGUUGUGUUUCAACAAGUGCAAAUCAACCUCGUUCAAUGACAGAUUCUAAAUGUGUUACAAUAUUAAAUUUAGAUAAUUUUACAAUAGACCAACCGCUUGAUGAAACGAUUCGCAUUCCAUUAAUAAAACAAUUUCGACAAAAUACAACAUUCUAUAUGCAUUUUUAUGUUUGUCAAGGUUUUGAUCCGUUUCAAGAAAAAAUUCAUAUUUACCGUCAAAGAUUAAUAUCAAAAUAUCUUGUUCCGCAACAAAAUUUCAUGAACCUUUUACAGGAAAAGUUACCGCCGAGUCUCACUGGUAUUAAUGAACAGGAUCAAAAAAAAUCAACAAAGAAUUCAUCAGAUAUACCUAUAACUCAUAUUUUACAGCGAAUUAUAUUUCACGGUGUUAAUCAAGAUAUUCUAUUCGAUCGAAUGGAAAUCCCACAAGAGCUCUACCAUUUAAUAAAUUUAUAUUCUCAAACAACGUAUAGUCCUUUGAUUAGCUCCGAUGAAUUAACUAGCCGUUUACGAGACUAUCGACCAGUGAAUACAUCUGAUGAUAAUAUUGAAUUAAAAUUUAUUUAUACGCCUAUAUCAAUCGGUCGUAUGAGAUUAUGGCUCAAUUUUGAACGAGCACUUGAGUCUACACGAUCGUAUGGAUUUUCAGAUAAAGAAAUCGAUGAAAUAAAAGGAAUUUUUGCUGAUAAUAAUUUACCAAUAUUAGCGUUAACUUUUGUUGUUGCUGCUUUUCAUACUUUAUUUGAUUUUUUGGCUUUUAAAAAUGAUAUUAGCUAUUGGAGACAUCGAAAAACAAUGGUUGGAUUAUCAUUACGAACAGUUUUAUGGCGUUCAAUUAGUAAUGUUAUUAUUUUUCUGUAUUUACUCGAUUCUGGUGCUAGUUUAUUGGUGCUUAUUCCAUCUGGUAUUGGUUCAUUAAUUGAGAUUUGGAAAGUAACAAAAGCAUUGAAAAUAAAAGUUCGAUUCAAUGGCUACAAGCCAGUUGUCACAUUUGGAGAAGUAUCAAAAGAAGAAGCUGAUACAAUGUUACAUGAUUCAACGGCAAUGCGUUAUUUAUCUUAUAUUCUAUAUCCACUUUGUCUUGGUCUAGCUAUUUAUUCAUUAGUCUACAACAAUCAUAAAAGUUGGUAUUCAUGGAUAAUAAAUUCACUUGUCAAUGGUGUUUACGCAUUUGGAUUUUUAUUUAUGAUGCCUCAAUUAUUUCUCAAUUAUAAACUUAAAUCUGUUGCUCAUUUACCAUGGAGAGCAUUUAUGUAUAAAGCAUUCAAUACAUUUAUUGAUGAUCUAUUUGCGUUUAUUAUAACAAUGCCAACAGCUCAUCGAUUAGCAUGCUUUCGGGAUGAUUUUGUUUUUCUUAUCUAUCUAUAUCAAAAAUGGCUUUAUCCAGUUGAUAGAACUCGUGUGAAUGAAUACGGUGAAGCAUUCGAUGAACAAAAGAAAUCUAAAACUGAAUAA